AUGGCUCUCCUGACCCAUCUACUAGUAUUAUAUGCAACAUGUCUCACUCUCGUCCCCGCCCUAACCCUCAAUUCCUUCCCCAGUAAACCGCGAGUCUUCGUCCUCUCGGACAUCUCCAAUGAACCGGAUGACGCCCAGUCACUCGUCCGAUACCUCACAUACAGUAACCAGUUCCAGACGGAAGGCAUCGUGGCCACGACAUCAACCUGGAUGAAGAACGAAACUGACCCAGAGGCCAUGUACGACAUCAUCGAUGCAUAUGAGAAGGUCGUCGACAAUCUGAAUCACCAUGCGCCAGCGGAUUCCCAGUACCCAUCUGCAGAACAUAUGCGGAGUCUAGUCCGUGCAGGGUCUCCGCUCUUCGGUAUGGCCGCCCUAGCCCCCAACGCCACCUUCAGCGCCGGGGCCGAACUCCUCCUCGACCGCAUUCAAGCCACAACAAACAGCAGCUCCCCUCUCUGGGUCCUCGCCUGGGGCGGCACCAACGUCCUCGCGCAAGCCCUCGUCAAACUCCACAAGGACAACUCCCCGGAAAAGGCCGCUGCCCUCCGACAGAACCUCCGCAUCUACACCAUCUCCGACCAGGACGACACAGCGCCUGGCUGCGCCAACAGUGGCCAGACCUGUUCUGGAUCAACUCCAUCCACGGCUGGAACCAGUACAGCAUGUCCACCUGGCACCCUGGUAAGCAAGGCCUGGAUCAAAGAGAACCUCCAAAUCGGGACCUUGGGUGCCGCAUACCCGGACGUGGCGUUUACCAUGGAAGGAGAUACGCCGUCAUUUCUUUACCUCAUCCAGAAUGGACUGGGGGUGUCGGAGCACCCCGAAUAUGGGUCAUGGGGCGGUCGGUAUCAGUUGGUGACUCCCAAUCAGCAUGGGCUAGGUUUCCGACAUUAUGCGGACGUGCAGGACCAGGUGGUGGGUCUUAAUGGUGAUACAUUCAAGUCGAAUAAGGCGACAAUUUGGCGGUGGCGAGAUGCAUAUCAGCAUGAUUUUGCGGCGCGCAUGCGCUGGACGCUGACCGAUGAUGUGACGAAGGCCAAUCACCAUCCUCUUGUGAAAGUUAAUGGGAGUUCGGGCUUGGAGCCGGUCGAUGUUUAUGGGGUUGCUGGCUCGGAGGUUAUUGUAGAUGCUGGCGAGUCAGUAGAUCCGGAUGGGGACGAGUUGACCUUCAACUGGAUUUAUUACCCUGAGCCCAGUACCCUCAACGGGCCCCGGAUGUGA